AAACUAUCCACUUUCAUAUUGUAAAGAUAAAAAUUGUCCACUAAGAUAAAAAUAAUAAAAACUGUUCACUUUUUGAUUGAAAAGACGGAAAUAACCCUCACUUUAAAAUAAUAAAAAAUAUCCACUCACUUCUAUCCCUCUCUCCUCUCUCUCUCUCUCUUCACCUUUACGUCACUCUCUCUCUAUCUCACUACCGCCACCACCUCUCCCUCGUAGCAUCCUCCGCCGCCGCCGCCUCCACCAUCUCUCUCGGCGUCGGAAAUCCGCGCCACCAGAAGCUCCUCCGCUCAGCGAGUCGAGAUCUGCUCCAUCUCUCUCUCGGCGUCGGAAAUCAGCCGCCUCGUCGCCUCCGCCAUCUCCUGCUUCACCCCCGCCGCUCCGCCGCCACUCAAUCUCCGCAGCGCCGCACAGCCACCACCACCGCGGCGCCUCUUUCUAUCUCUCUCUCUCGAUUCUGACUUGGAGAGCUUCGCCAACAACAACGAGAUCUCGUCGACAAUGAUCGACAGAUCUGGACAUUUUGGAGCUCGACAAUGGUGGCUAGGCAGAUCUGGCGCGGCCGUGAGCUGCCCACUGAACGGCAGAUCUGGCGCAGGCGAUAGAGGAUGGGGUCGGACGGAAGAUCUACCGAGUCCAAGAGCUCCGCUCUCGAAUCGCUCCUCGGGCUUUUUCAGGAAGACGGUAAGAACUUGCUGAUUGCGGUGGCUCAGGGGAUAGUUCCGGUGCUCGUGCACCUUUUCGACUGCACCAGUUCCUCCGAAUUGAAGGAGAAAUCCGUGAGCGCGAUCGCCAAAAUCUCGACCGAGGAUUCGAGCAAGCACGUUUUGCUGGCCGAGGGUUUGGUAUUGUUGAACAAUUUGAUGCGGGUGCUCGAAUCCGGUAGCGUAUUCGCCAAGGAGAAGUCGUGCAUCGCACUUAGGGUUUUGAGCAAUUCCAAGGAAAACGCGAGGGCGAUUGGAUCGAGAGGAGGAAUUUCGUCACUGUUGGAUAUCUGUCGAGAAGGCACCCCCAAUUCGCAGGCGCUGGCAGCUGGGGUUUUGCGGAAUUUAGCCGUUUUCGAAGAUGUGAGGGAGAAUUUCAUCGAGGAAAACACAGUCUUGAUAUUACUAGCAUUGUGCAAUUCAGGUACAGCAUUAGCGCAGGAGAAUGCGAUUGGGUGCUUGUGCAAUUUGGUGGCCGAAGACAAUGAUUUGAAACUGUUGGUCGCAAGGGAAGGUGGAAUUCAAACGCUCAAAGAUAUCUGGAGCAGAAUUCCAGAUAUAUUCGACAUCUUGCUCCAGAUCUGGAGAGUCGGCGGCUGUUGUCUUCCACCUUCCUCCUCCGCGAGGCCCGCGUGGACGCCGCCGACCUCCGCCUCCUCGCCUGCAGCGUGGAGCGGCAGCUCCGCCCCGCUCUCUACUUCCUCCAGGGCAUAAUCGGCAUCGAGGACGUCAACAAAUCCACUUCCUCUUCCUCAAAUCG